GAGCAAAGCUGGCACGUCUAUCAGAGUGCCGCGAGGGGCAAGAGCGACAGCGAGACCGCGCGCAUUGCCGUCGUUGAUCGUCGACGGCCAUUGACUGACCUGUCAUGGGCAACUUCCAAAAUGGCAGAAGCCGUGCAGAUGUUUUUGUUCCUAUUUAAAUCGAAGUACAGACGAAAAGGCGACGACGCCUCGUCAUCCGAGUCCGUUUCUAUACUCGCUAGUGUUGUGCCGUGGGUGUUGUGGAUCGUCGUGAUUUCCGCGUUUAUCCGAAGGACCAGCGGUGCCGUUUCUUCAAUCGACGAGACAACCUCCGUCUGCAACCUCGAUUCAUGCGUUAACGGUGAUUGCGCCAACGGAACAUGCCUCUGUCACGAAGGAUGGCAAGGACCCGCCUGCCAAUAUUGCGGCGGCAAAGUAAGAUUGACUGAGCCAUCGGGAAGCAUUCACGACGGCAACGGGAACUAUUCAAUAGACGUGAAAUGUUCCUGGCUUAUAGACACCGGUACGAAUUCCUCGAUAAGGAUGCACAUCGAGGAGUUCGCUACGGAAUGCGGCUGGGAUCAUCUUUACAUAUACGACGGGGACAGUGUGAACGCACCUUUGCUCGGCGUGUUCUCGGGCCUAAUGUACAAAGAUGGCUACCACAUCCGGAGGGUGCCGGAAGUGAUCGCACACUCCGGAAGCGCCCUGCUACAUUUUUAUUCGGACGUAGCUUACAACAUGAGCGGAUUCAAUAUUACAUACAAAGUGAACGCUUGUCCGAGCAGGUAUUCCCACAUCGACUGCUCGAAACACGGCGUUUGCAUCGAGAGUGUUUGCACUUGCGACGCUAUGUGGACAGGUGAGGCCUGCGAUGUUCAGGUCUGUCCUAACAACUGUUCUUACAGUAUUGGACAAGGCGAGUGCAAUCCGGAACAUCAUCACUGCGAGUGCGUUAGCGGUUUCAAAGGAGUCGACUGCAGUCAGCGGGUCGAACGCGGCGUCUGGGAAGCGAUAACAUACAAAGAUUCCUCGAUCGAGGGGUCGGCGAGUCACUGCUCGAUAGUCUGGGGUGACUCGUUGUACAUAGUGGGCGGUGAGAGUUAUCACAAGGGUGAAAUGAUAUACGUUUACGAUUUCACGGGAAACGUUUGGGAGACACCACAUUACUCUGGUAAGCAUCCCGAGCCUCGUUACGCACACUCUUGCGUUUUGUACGGCGAUAAGAUCUACAUGUACGGUGGAGUGAUCCAGAACUCGACGAUCACGAACGAGAUAUGGGCUUUCGACGUGUCUUCCAAGGUCUGGGAGAACGUUACGGUGCGCAACAACUGCUCCAACCGAACCAUGUGUGGCCCUCUUAAGGUAGCUGGUCACACAGCAACUCUGGUCCAGAGUCAUGGAAAGAAGGAAAAAAUGGUCGUCAUCUUCGGACAUUCGCCGCAGUUUGGAUACCUCAACACCGUCCAGGAGUACUACUUCGGUGCCAGAGAGUGGCAGAUCGUCGAGACCUCAGGGUAUCCAGUCAAGGGUGGAUAUGGUCACAGUGCUUCGCUGGAUCCAUUCACUGAACUGAUUUACGUCUAUGGUGGUUACGUGUCCGAGUCCCAGAGCACUCAGGUCCUUACCAGCAUUUUGUACUCCUAUCAUCCUAACUCCAAGGAGUGGAGAUUGCUCACCUCGGCACCAUCGGCGCGAUUCUUUCACUCCAGUGUCUUCGUUUCCGGUGGUCUGAUGCUCGUUUUUGGUGGAAAUACCCAUAACGACACCGUCCAUUCCCACGGUGCUCGGUGUUAUUCGUCGGACACGAUUGCCUACGAUGUCACUUGCGACUCCUGGCAUCAGUAUCCAAUGCCGUCCGAACUCUCUGAUCUUCCAAGGUUCGGACAUACCGCAACGAUAUUCAACUCAACGAUGUACAUCUACGGAGGUUUCGACGGACAAAUGCUGUCCGAUAUGAUAAGGUUCAGACCUGGUACAUGUGAACACCUUACCAUACAGAAACAAUGCGUCAAUUCAACAAUUGGCGUCAAAUGUGUUUGGAACAAACGCGAAGGACGCUGCGUAUCGAUAUCAAGGAUACAGAGACACGUUCUAGAAGAUGACGAGGCACACGAUGGUAUCUACAUGAGAUGCGUCGACGGAUCACCACCUCGUGGCAUGUCCUCGCACAAGGAACUUUGCAAAAUACAAUCGGACUGUGCGUCCUGCGUUCAAACCUCCUACAGUUGUGUUUGGUGUGGUAAAAGCUGCGCCCAUGAGACUUGCUGGGAGAAUGGAAACUCGGCUAUGAUGAAACCGAUGAAGCAUCUGGAGCAGUGCGAAUUUCACUCAGAGGCGGAAUGUCUUCAGCUUCAUACUUGUCUCGCCUGCUCGAGUAAUCCACGUUGCAUUUGGUCCUACGAUAGGUGUAAACCGCAGUCCAAGACCACCGUUGUUGGCAAUAACACCACGGUUCAGACUCAGGUUCAAGCUCUGACUAUGGACACUUGUCCUAUAUCAUGCAGCGAGUUUACAUCCUGUAAAAACUGCACAGAAUUUGAGUGUAUUUGGUGCCAGAAUGAGGGGAAAUGCGUUGACAAAAAUGCUUAUCCGGCAAGUUUUCCUUACGGACAGUGUCGCGAAUGGACUACUAGUGACAACAGGUGUCGGUCAACUGAGACCGGAAGGGAGUGGUGCAGCUUUUAUUCAUCCUGCACCGGAUGCAGGUCCGAUCCGGGAUGCGGGUGGUGCGACGAUGGCUCUGGGACUGGGAAGGGACAGUGUCUGGAAGGUGGGGCCAGAGGGCCCACCGCUAAGGGGACUAACACGUGUCCCAACGACGAUUGGUACUUCACCAAGUGUCCAAGCUGCCAGUGCAACGGGCACAGUACGUGUCUUCCAAACAGUAGCGUGUGCAUUCAGCCAUGCGCAAACUUGACCCACGGACCUCACUGCGACAAGUGUGUUCCAGGAUACUUCGGCAGUCCCUUGAACGGUGGAACUUGCCAACCCUGCGCCUGCAACGAUCAAGGCACUCAAUGUAUCAGCGAUUCUGGAAAGUGUUUUUGCACAACAAAAGGCAUCACGGGGGAUCAUUGCGAAAGGUGUGACGUUAAUGGCAGAUAUUACGGAGACCCUACGAACAAAGGAUCCUGUUUUUACAAUCUGACUAUCGAUUAUCAGUUUACGUUCAACCUGAGCAAAAAGGAGGAUCGACACUACACUGCUAUAAAUUUUAAAAAUUCACCCCCAAAGUCGGAUGUGGACGCUGAUUUUUCUAUAACCUGUUCCGUUCUCGCCAAAAUGAAUAUCACCAUACAGAAAGCUAACAGUCCUGAGAAACCGUUACUCUCCGGAGCAAACUGUACGACGUACAAACACAGAUUCAGUAAGGCUGAAUACAAUUUUGGAAGCGAGGACAACAAUACUCUGACCACUUUCUACGUCUACGUUUACGACUUUCAACCACCACUGUGGAUUCAAAUUUCAUUUUCACAAUAUUCUAAAUUGAAUCUGCAACAGUUCUUCAUUACAUUUUCCACAGAAUACAUGUCCCCUUACAGAUGUUUUAUGGCAUUACUCCUCGUCGCCGCUGUACUGUGGAAAAUCAAGCAGAAAUAUGACAUGUACAGAAGACGACAGCGAUUACUCGUCGAGAUGGAGCAAAUGGCGAGCAGAGCCUUCAGCCAAGUCCUCGUCGAGAUUGAGCGUCGCGACGUUGAACCGGUCGUAACUGAGCGAAUACCCAACACCGAGAUGAAUAAUACUCGCAAGAAGAAAAAGGGCGCUCCAAGUCCCAUCGCUCUGGAACCAUGCUGUGGAAACAGAGCUGCCGUUCUGUCUCUCCUGGUGCGACUGCCUACAGGCGGCGAAGCUUAUACGCCUGCUGGCCAAAGCGCAGGACUUGCAGUUGCAUCUGCUCUUGUAACUCUGGGGAGUCCAAGAAGACCAUCGCAAGAAGUGACGACAAAAGAACCGAAGAAAUCCCGAAAAAGCGCUAGUCAGCAUCCGGAUUCGACAUGCAUAUAGCGAUAGCUCUGUGUCGAAGCGAGGUUUUCAACAUUCGUAUCUCAGCCUGAUCCGCGUUUCGGUCAGAAUCGAGGUAACUGUCGAAUCGUCUCGUCGUAUCGAUGACUAAAUUUCGUCUUUCGUCCAAGAAGUAAGUUCUUUGUCGCGGUUCUCCUAGUAUCCUGCGUCUAAGAUUGUCAUCGAUGAUAUGCGAUAGAUAUGUUGUAGCGCUGAAUCGCUUCUGGUGUUGAAACAACAGGCGCAGCUUGACGAGUAAACCGUACAAAUGUUUCAAUCAAAACAUAUCGCUCUCGUUUCGACGACUUGCCAAGUGAGAUUAUUUCUUGUAAUUGAUUAAAUGGUACGGAUAUUUUUUCGACCUAUGGUGGAACGCUGUGCGGUUUGUGGCUAGCUUUAGUUUUCACAAACCCGUAAAGAAAGGCUUCCGCAGAAUCGUAAACCGUUUCAGUUUUCGAUUGAAAAUCUAAACCAUCGCACAUUCUCCGUCGUAAUUAAAUUUGCGGAGAACUGAAUUAACGGCGAUCACUGAAUGAAACUCAGAUUUCAAAUACGCUGUUAUUGGCUGACAGACGCAGAGUCAGUUUCCCAUCGGAGACUCGACAAG